AUGAUAAGCGCCUGCUUUGCCCCCUACCAUGUGUUUUUCAACCAGGCCCGCCACGUGGAGUCCUACUACCAGUCCGCCUGGUACUGCUUCACGCUCACCUGUGCGCAGACUUCGGCGUCGGGGCGCUGGUUCAUCACCCCGAGGAGGCCCGUCGAGAAGGGCGACGUCGGCAUUCUACGGAUCCGCAUCGUCAUGAUGAACGAGCAGGAGACACUCCGGGACAUCGCCUCCGGAGCCGUGGAGCCGCCCUCCUUCGGCUUCUUCAACGGCCGCCACGAGGGCCGCUGGCAGCUCUGCAGCCGCCUCGCGGAGCUGUUCCACCGGCAGGUGAGCGCCGUGACCGGCAGCGAGGACGUGCACGCCGACUGGGGCCCGAACCUGUGCGGCCGCAUCUCGCGGCACAGGGCGCACGCCGGCGGCGACCAGUCCGGGAGCGCGGCCGAGCGAGGGAGCACGCCGCCCAGCGCCCCCCACGACGAGAGGGAGGACAACGCCAUCCUGCGGAUCCACGUGCCCUUUCCCGCCUCCAGGGCCACGCAGGCCGUGGAGGAGGGCGGAGCCACGAAGGACGUGGUGCUGUACGACUGA